GUCAACGGCACUUUCGAUUGCACGAAAGUUAGGUAUACCAAUAAAUCCAGCAAAUCAUCCUAAUUGUCUAAUUGGUGCAAUUAUUGAAGCUAUAUCGGGUGAAGAUUUAAAGUCACUCAAAAAAAAUAAAAUGGCUAUAAUACAAGCCUUUCAAUCAAAUGGUUCAAUUGUAGCAAUGACAGGAGACGUAAAUGAUGCACCAGCAUUGAAAUUGCCGAUAUUGGCAUAUCUAUGGGUCUCCCAAGAAGCGGCCGAUAUUAUUUUAGUCAAUGAUGAGUUCGUAACUAUAUUUGAUGCUGUAAAAGAAGACAUAUUAAUGGAUGGUCCUCCUGCACAAUCUCUCGGCGUCGAACCAGUAGAUGAAAAUGGAAUGAGCAGUAGCAUUUUCACUUGUUGGGCAUUUUUCCAAGCUGUUUUUCAAACCGAGGCAUUAGGACUUGAUGAUAUUUUUGGACUUAUAGUUAUAACAUCAUCAAUAUUUUGGAUUAAUGAAUUUCGUAAGUAUUAUCAUAAUCAAAAACAAGAUGAUGAUUGGAGAUGGCGUAGUAUUUUCUAUAGGAAUUAUUUAAAUAAAAUUAGUUUAUAG